AUGGUUGAGUCUGGUGACGGCUCCUCGGCCGGGGAAGAAAGACGGCGAAGGAGCUCCGUCACGGACCUUUCGUCGCUCUUUGGUGCCGUCAAGGCGAGGAAGGCCGAGUUUAUUCGCCAAAGGUCCAUUCGCGUCAAGGUCGGCACCUGGAACGUAGCGGCCAUCUCUGGCACGGAGAGAGAUGUCGGCAAGUGGUUCGUCGAGGGCGAGGGGAUAAGCAGACGCUUAUCGGGCCUAAAGGAUAUUUCCGGGCGGAGGGCUACGAUAAUACCUGGAGGAGGAGAAGGAGAAAGAGAAGAAGAAGGGAGAGGAAGACAACAGGAUAGCGUUCAGUCCGAAGGAAGCUCCGACCGCCGUCCCCAGAUCGACCUGUACGUUCUCGGGCUGCAGGAGAUUGUGGACGUUUCGUCGCCGGCAGAGGCGUUGAGGCCCUACGUCGACCCGGCCCCGUCGGGCAGGUGGAAGGCGGCGGUUCAGGAGGCUCUGCCGCUGGGCUAUCAAUUGGUGGCAGAGGCGCAGCUGGUCGGUCUGUUGCUGCUGAUUUACGCUGCCCCCUCGGUGGUACCGGACAUCACGUCCGUCAGCAGCACAUCCGUCGGGACAGGGCUGUUGGGCUAUAUGGGUAACAAGGGUGCGACGGCCACGCGAAUGGUCCUCGGAGAAACCACGGGAUUGAUCUUCAUCAAUUCCCACCUGGCCGCGGGAUCCGACAAGACCAGCUUGGAGCGGAGGAACUGGGAUGCCGGGCAGAUCGUCAGCCGCACCAAAUUCGAGCGCAUCAGCCCGGAGCGUGAUCUGAUGGAGACCGCCUGCGAUCUCAUCGGCGACGAGGACUUUGGUUUCUGGUUCGGCGAUCUAAACUAUCGCCUGGAGGAUAUUCCCGGCGACGAUGUCCGACGUGUCCUGGCCCGGCAUGCGGAAAACGAGUACGACCGCACCUGCGAACCUGUCCCCAAGACGGACGACCAGGAGGAAACUGCGGACACCCCUCACGCCGUCGUGCAGAAGAAACAGAAGGAGAAUGGCCGCUUGUCAUCGUCCGACCUGGACGGCAUCCCAGAUCCGGUCUCGGACCAUGAAAUUGAACCCCAUAAUGAUCCGGCGUCUCUGCAGACGACGAUCUCAUCCUUGCUCCCGCACGACCAGCUGCGCAUCCAACAGAAGCAUGGCAAAGCGUUCCACGAAGGUUGGCGCGAGGGUGAAAUCAGGUUCCUACCGACCUACAAGUACGAUGUCGGCAGCGUGGCCAUCUUCGAUUCCAGCGAAAAGCACCGCGGCCCCAGCUGGUGCGAUCGGAUCCUAUAUCGCACCCACCAGGACCGGCUGGAUUACGAACGACGUAUGAGAGAGAGCGCCGAAGCAAAUAAACGCGACGAGGAGAUGAAGGCGCGUGGGUUGGACAAGGCGGCGGCUGAUGACAAUGUCCUGUUUGAAUAUGAUCCUGCCACCGACGGUGCGGAUAGCAUUAGUGACUACGAUCCUAGUGCGGACGGUGAUGGCAUGGGAGACCAGGAAGACAGCGGCAGUCAAACCGCACCCGCCAACGAAUCGAUCCGUUUGGAAUACUACGUCUCUCACCAGGGCAUCCUCUCAUCGGACCACAAGCCCAUCAACGCUGAAUUUACCCUGACCUUCGACGCCGUGGUGCCGGAUCUCAAGGCCAAGGUUCAUGAAGAGGUAGUCCGGGAGUUGGACAAGGCUGAAAACGAAGCCAGACCAGCCUUGACGCUCGUGAUCGAUGUGCCGAGCCACGAGGUCAAGGCAGCCCGGGAGGGCGGAAGAAAACGACGGGGCAGCCUGGACGAGAUUGACCUGGGCGAUGUGCCAUUUGCUGUUCCCAUCACCCGGUCCAUGACGGUGGCUAACACGGGUAGCGUCCCUGCGACCUUUAGCUUUGCCGAGCGGCCGACAACCGACUCGGCUCUCUCUUCUCCCUCAUGGCUGACCACCAGGGUUGAACGAGCCCAUGGCGACGAUAGUCCCGGCAAACACGAGAAGCACGGCGGGCCAGCCGACGAACAUACUCUGCUCCCCGGCGAGGUGGCCAACGUGGAGGUGACCGCCUGUAUUCGGGACAUGAAUCAUGUCCGGCUGCUAAACUCCGGGCGGCUGAAGCUGGAAGAGAUCCUGGUGCUCCGGGUGACGCGUGGUCGGGACCAUUUCAUCCCCUUACACGGGCAAUGGCUGCCCACCUGCUUUGGUCGCAGUCUGGACGAACUCACCCGUAUCCCUGAGGCUGGCGCGCGCAGCCUGGUGGCUACCAUCACCGCUGCCACCACUGACGGGAAGGAUCCCCUUUCCGGGGAAGAGGGCCCAGAAGCGUCUCGGCUGUCAGCGCCGCGCGAGUUGUUCCGCCUGACCGAGGCCAUUUCUGAGAUGACCGAGCGCGCGGUGGCCGAAUGGGACAUGAUCAAGGGGGGCGGCGGCAGUGCGGCCGACAUCGAUGAGGUGCCUCCGUGGAUGAUGGAGCCGUAUGGGACCGGUUGGCCCUUCAAGCCCGAAACGUGGACGCUGCGGAAUGAAAACGAACGCGCUCCGCUGCUGGCAGCCGUCCGGAACGCACUCGACACGAACAAAUCCGUGACGGCAGUCUUCCCUCCCGAAGUCCCCUCGCUGCACCGGUUGGAGAUCCUUUGCGAAACCCUCGAAGCCUUCCUACCCUCGCUGAGCGACGGGGUUGUCACAGCUUCCGUCUGGCAAGAGAUGGAUCGACAGAUCAUCGACCGGGAGAAGAGUAAAACACCCCCACGUUCCUGGGAGGAGUCGCAGGCCUGGGUGCUUGAGAACCUGGCCUACUCGCCUGCCCACAGCGUCUCCUUCACCUUCGUCACCUUCAUGCUCGCCCGUAUCGCCAACGAGAUCGCCCCUGUCGCCCCUGCUGCGCUGCGCUCAUCCUCUUCAUACAACGCCACAACCACCCACCAGCCAUCCUCCUCCUUAUCAUCGACACCCACCACCACCACCACCUCCUCCUCCUCCUCGUCUUCCGAUAGACGCGUCUCUUUUCCCACCCCAGCCUCCACCGCCGCCUUCAUCGUCGGCGGGAGCUUCCGUCGUAAAUCACAGGCUGUACAGUCCUCUUCCUCUUCUUCUUCGGCUGAUUCAUCUACAUCCACCCCUAAUGAGAACCCCGUGAUGCUCCGCCGUCAAGCGAUCGAGCUAGCCUUUGGUUCUCUUUUCGCCGGUAUGCUGAUUUCCUCCGAUGUUCCUGUGCCGAGCAAGGAGAAGGACCGCCGUGCGCUAGACGAGCGGAAGCGAAGCAUCAUCGAGCCGUUCUUGAAAACCGUCGGUGUUGACUCGCAGGGGCCUUCGGGGGGGAACUAG